UUCGGUUUUUGUUGAAACGCACUGGUCGAGUCGGUUUGAACCAUCCCUCUUUCAGGCUCUCAAGUGACGCUCAAGCAACCCCGUUUGUUUUUCUGAGGCUCAGUCUCAGUCUCAGCCUCAGCCAAUCCUUCGUCCGUUCCGUUGGGUCUCUGGGCUCUCUCGUGACCGCGACGUGAAAUCUAUCAAUUUUGGUCUCCUCGGUGUAAAGCGUCCCAUACUCCAAGUUGUAAUAGUAGUGGUUGCCCGUCAUGACCGAACCAGCGUCGAGACGGCCAACAACAACCCAGCCACAGCCGCUGCAACCGCCAUUACCACAUCAACAAACACAGCAGCAACAGCAGCAGCAACAACAGCAACAACAACAACCAGCAACAUCCGCGUCCGUCAAUGGCGUCGUGACGCCUGCAACGCCUGCCACGCCUGCCACUCCACACUCGCCCCCGGCAGUCCACAAGCGUUUUUCAGUUCUUGCGGUUCAGGAAGACGCCUCCGCGUCACCCUCGCAUACAGGUAGCGCCACGGAAUUGCCUACUCUGGUUCCAGGCGCUUCUUCGACGUCGUUUGCAAGCGUCUCGUCUCCAGCACUGUCAGCAACGCCUGCCGCCUCGACUGCCGCUGUGCCUGCUGCCAUCGCAAAGUCUCGACGGUUUGUAGUGGAGCCGGUUUCCACAAACAUGGCUUCGGACGACGCCGUCGCCGCUAUGGUUUCGCCGCGCAGCGGCCAACACAGCAGCGGUCCAGCCACUGGUGCUAGCUCCCCCGUGUCCCCACAUAUCGAGCACGACAUGAGCCACCCAGGCAGCGGUGUCACAUCCCCAAACAUUCCGCAGCAACCUGCGCAAGCACCAUUCGAGGGCGGCAAGCGAAGUCGUUUCGUCGUCAGCAAAGCCCUCGAAGGCUCGCAGCAGCCGCCAGGGAGCGCCCUCUCCCCAACAUCGUCCUCAUCGUCGUCUCCCGUCCCAGGCCCAACCGCGCAGCAGCAGCUGUCUCAACCGUCGAGUGGACAGCCUUCACCGUCUCACCAACAAGCACACCAACCACCAGCAGCUGCUUCUUCCUCUUCUUCAUCUUCUUCCACCACCACCACCACCACCACCACCACCUCUGCCAAUCCUGCCCUACCACCCCAGCAAUCACAACAGUCUCAACCGCCCGUGCGGCGCAAUCGCUUUGACGUGAGCGAUGCGCCCGACGCCAACGGUGGCCAUUCGGACGACGAAGGCGAACUGACUGGACGAACCGCAACCUUUUCGCCGCCUGCCUCCACGACGCCAGUGCAAGCACCAUCGCCUGCCGCUGGGGCUGCAGUCUCCUCCAAGCAUGAUCGCUCGCAACGGACUUCUGUGCAGGGCGACCCCUCGCGCUCUCGCCCCCACUCGUCCGUCAAUGAAGCCCAUCCAGAUGACGAGGGGCUGUACACUGUCGCCCACGGCACCCCGAAAAGCAAGCCUGCGCCCGCUCAGCCCGUUGCAACUGCUCACGGCACGUCCGGAGCUGCUGCUGCUGCUGGUGCUGCUGCCCCUCAUGCUUCUGGGCGGACGUCGGCCAAACCCAUCCCGCUGCAGCACUCGCAACACGGCCACCAACCUGGAUCCGCUGUCCAUUCCGCCUCUGUCGUGUCCUCUCCCUUCUUUACCUUCACUGGCAACUCGUCUCUGACUGGUAGUGUGCAGACAAGUCGCGCGUCGUCCCCAACCAACGCGGCUCCGUCUUUUCACGGAUCGCGAGCUCUUGAAUCUGACGAUGAAAGCUCGGAAACAGAGGGUGAUUCCAGCGUCGCGCGCCCGGCUGGUCGGCGCUUCCAGGUGAGCACCGUGCCCGUCCCAAGCUCCAAUUCUGGUUUGGUCAUGGCUCCCACCAAGCGAGACAAGUUGUUGUUGGACAAGACCGCUGGUGGGGUGGCGGAAAUGCCUUUGUCGGCCAGCUCGAGUGGGUCGUCGAUCGGAUCCGUCCCUGCCGCCGCCCACGCGCAUCUAGACCACCAGAGUCUCGGAUCCGCGCCGUCAAGCGCCGUCGCCAGUUCCCGUCGCUCGCGCUUCCAAGUCAGCGACGUGAAUGUCCCUGCAGGCAACCGAUCCACAGGCUUCAAGGCGUCGCAUCCGCUGUUGUAUCGUCGUGGUCGCUUCACUGUCAAGGACAUUGCAGAACGACCAAACGCGUCCUCCAUGCAUCGUAUCGAGUCCAUUCCCAGCGCCAUGUCUGCUGCUGCUGGUGGUGCUGGAGCUGUGGGUGCUGGCGGUAGCAGCGCGCAGCAAGCAGCCGUCACCGCGGCAGCCGGAUCAACGCCUGGCCUGCAUCGAUCUGCCUCUCUCAAAGUCAACAAAACAACGGCGUCCGGCAGCAUUAAUUCAAGUAGCAGUACGCGUCACGGCGCUGAGAGCGACGCCGCCACCGAGCAGACGGACUCCAGCGGCAAGACGCGAGGGCGGAGAGCGACCAAUCGCGAGCGAUCUGGCUCGGCCUCGCAAAUCCUCGAAGAUGCUGACAGCGAGGGUGCUCCCCAAAACUACCCUGGCCAAUGGUCUGCCAGCACUUCUGCAUUUUCGUCCACCGCUGCAAUGGUCUCUCCAAGCUCUCUGGUAACACCGCCGGUUGCUGGCAGCGGCACAUCAACCGUCCCGGCUGUUCCUGUGGGCGCCUCUCACGCCGGUGGUAUCCCAGCGCCUGCUGCUGUUGCUGCAGGGUCUGCUCCGUUGCACACUUCUCAUUCACACGCGAGCCAGCAGCAACAGCAACAGCAACAGCAGCAACAAAAGCAGGCGGCUUCCGCUCAAGUUCAUCAAAAGUUGGAUCAGCUGCUGGUCUUUGGCCAAAAUCAGCAACGGUUGAUGAACAAGCUUGUCAAUUACCUGGUCAAGUCGGGCACUCUACCAAGUGCUACGGCCGGCUCAAGUUCGGCCCAAGCGUCUGGCCCAACCCCUUCGCACCCGCCGACAGCCGAUGGAGUACUGGAAAGCAUCGUCGGCUUGGCUACAGGCACACAUCCCUCCACGCCACUGGAUGCGCAUGCUCUGGUGGAGAUGCCUCGGUCCAUGCCGCACACAACAUCCGAUCAAAAUUUGAAACAUCUUGGCGAGAUGGAGGAGCUUCGGCGAUCGCUUGCGAUAAUGAAGCUCGAGAAUGACCGACUUCGAGAAGAGAAUGCUCAGCUUCGCUUGCAGUUGACGUCGUCUUUGACGGCAACCCCUUCUUCGGCGGCUUCUACUGGGCCCACUCAGCCCCUGCCAUCUACCACUCUCUGAUAUGCCCUUGCGACGCAUAGCUUGUGUUUGGCAGUCGCUGAGAGUGUUCUGAUUUUUUUUAAAUUGUCCCAUUUUCCCUCUUCCCCCUCCCCCGUCCCUUCCCUUCCCUUUCCCUCACUCGCGUGUUACUUUUGUUUUUAGUCCACCAUUGAUAAUCGCUUUUUUUCUCAUCUUGGCCAUUCUUCAACAUAAAGCCGUUCAG